AUGCUGCCCUGGAGACGUAACAAAUUCGUGCUGGUGGAGGACGAGGCCAAGUGCAAGGCGAAGAGCCUGAGCCCGGGGCUCGCCUACACGUCGCUGCUCUCCAGCUUCCUGCGCUCCUGCCCGGACCUGCUGCCCGACUGGCCGCUGGAGCGCCUGGGCCGUGUGUUCCGCAGCCGGCGCCAGAAAGUGGAGCUCAACAAGGAGGACCCGACCUACACCGUGUGGUACCUGGGCAACGCCGUCACCCUGCACGCCAAGGGCGACGGCUGCACCGACGACGCCGUCGGCAAGAUCUGGGCGCGCUGCGGGCCGGGCGGGGGCACCAAGAUGAAGCUGACGCUAGGCCCGCACGGCAUCCGCAUGCAGCCGUGCGAGCGCAGCGGCUCUGGGGGCUCGGGGACCCGCAGACCGGCGCACGCCUACCUGCUACCGCGCAUCACCUACUGCACGGCGGACGGGCGCCACCCGCGCGUCUUCGCCUGGGUCUACCGCCACCAGGCGCGCCACAAGGCCGUGGUGCUGCGCUGCCACGCCGUGCUGCUGGCGCGGGCGCACAAGGCGCGCGCCCUGGCCCGCCUGCUCCGCCAGACCGCGCUGGCGGCUUUCAGCGACUUCAAGCGCCUGCAGCGCCAGAGCGACGCGCGCCACGUGCGCCAGCAGCACCUCCUCGCGGGGGGCGCCGCCGCCUCGGUGCCCCGCGCCCCGCUGCGCCGGCUGCUCAACGCCAAGUGCGCCUACAGGCCGCCGGCCGCCGAGCGCGGCCGCGGGGCGCCGCGCCUCAGCAGCAUCCAGGAGGAGGACGAGGACCAGGACGAGGAGGCGGAGGAGCGCGAGGAAGGAGCCCCCCAGAGCGAGCGGCCGGAGGUGCUCAGCCUGGCCCGGGAGCUGAGGACGUGCAGCCUGCGGGGCGCCCCGGCGCCUCCGCCGCCCUCGCAGCCUCGCCGCUGGAAGGCCGGCCACCGGGAGCGGGCCGGCCAGGCGCGCUGAGAGCCGAAGGGAC